GCAUGAUGCAUCUUCCCCAGUGGGUGACCAAUUCGUUCCCCUUACUAUCCUACGCUGUUUUCAAAAUCCUGGGCCUAGCCCCGUUCACCGUAAACCCUCGUCCCGCCAACAAAUCCCCAAUUUUCGUUCACUCCCACAUCGGGACUCUCUACAACCUCAUCCUGGUGGUCAUCGUGGCGAUCCUGAGUCCCAGCUCGAUAGCCGCGAUAGACAGGGUUGAGUUCGAGCGGAAAACAUCGACAGCUCAGGUGAUCUCGCUAGCUAAGGCCUCAAUAGGCCUGGUUGUGUUGGUCGUAGUCUGGUUGUACAUAAUUCUGAACCAAAAGACCGCCAUCAGAAUAGCCAAUACAUGGCAGCACGAGGACGAGACUAUGAGGACCCUAGCCUACGUGAAGCACCGCAACCUCAGUGGCCUCCAGCUGCGUCUCUAUUUCGUCCUGAACGUCUCCAUCUGGAUCAACCUAUUCUGGACUGAUCUGGUGGAGUUCGAGAAGUGGUUCAAGGCGACGUUCGUCGGGAUAAUAAUCCCCAGUUUCGUAUUCACUUGGCUAAUCCUCCAGUACACGUUCGUCCUGGUGCUCCUGAGGGACAGAUUCAGAGCUCUGAAUGAGGGACUCAACCGCAUCUCCUCGGCGGCUUUUGCCGCCCCAUAUUACUUCAACUCCUUGGAGCGGACGCUUGACGACGUCAUCAGCAAGAAUUUACUCGUCAUCAAAGUGUCUCAUGAAGUUCUAUAUGAGCUCGUUUGUGAUAUCUCGAGUCUGUACUCGUUUCCCAUUCUUCUGGUAAUUUCGGUGCUGAGUGGGACUGUUAUCUACUCGUCGUACUAUUUGUUCAUGAUGCUGCUGCUGAAUGAUGAUGUGAAGCCACUCACUAUUGUCAACUCGGUGUGCUAUCUCUCGAUGGAAAUGUUUCCCAUUGUCGUUCUGUCUUUCGGAGUUACUAAGAUCAUAAAUGAGCUCAAGUUAUUUUCGUUGGAGUUACUCCACAGAAACGUAUCCUUCACUGGCGGAAAUAUCUUCUCCCUCGAUGGAACACUUCUUCACUCUAUACUCAAUACAACAGCAACGUAUCUAAUCAUCUUAUACCAAUUUUCUCAACCGGAUAAAAGUACUUCCAACACCUCUCGAAUAACUAAUGCAACUUCUGGCAAAAGUUUCUAUAUUCUAACCGAUGCUCUCGGAGAUAUAAAUCAUGUAAACGAUGAAUUAUAAAAGUUCCAC